AUGGCGGCGCGCUGCUUGGGCCGCGGUGUCGUACGGCUCCUGGGCGGCCUUCGCGGGGUGGGCGCGCGGGGCCUGGCGGCACCCCGGCUCUGGGGCAGCGCCUCCGCCCUCGCCGCGCCGGCCGGCUCGUACCAGGAGCGGAUCGCGCUGGCCGCCAGCGAGCCGGCAGCCUUCUGGGGGCCGCUGGCGCGGGAUGUGCUCGUGUGGGACACCCCCUACCACACUGUGAGCGACUGCGACUUCCGCAGCGGCAGGAUCGGCUGGUUCCUGGGAGGCCAGUUGAACGUGUCCGUCAACUGCUUGGAUCAGCAUGUUCGGAAGUCCCCGGAGAGCGUCGCUUUGAUCUGGGAGCAGGAUGAGCCUGGAACUGAAGUGAGGAUCACCUACAGGGAACUGCUGGAGACCACGUGCCGCCUGGCCAACACGCUCAAGAGGCAUGGAGUCCACCGAGGGGACCGGGUAGCCAUCUACAUGCCUGUCUCCCCGCUGGCUGUGGCCGCAAUGCUGGCUUGCGCCAGGAUUGGAGCCAUCCACACUGUUGUCUUUGCUGGCUUCAGCGCGGGGUCCUUGGCUGCGAGGAUCAAUGAUGCCAAGUGCAAGGUGGUUAUCACCUUCAACCAAGGACUCCGGGGAGGGCGUGUGGUGGAGCUGAAGAAGAUUGUGGACGAAGCCAUAAAGCUCUGCCCAACCGUCCAGCAUGUCCUCGUGGCUCACAGGACAGACAACAAGGUCCACAUGGGGGAUCUGGACAUCCCCCUUGAGCAGGAAAUGGCCAAGGAGGAGCCAGUGUGCGCCCCAGAGAGCAUGGGGAGUGAGGACACGCUCUUCCUGCUGUACACCUCGGGGAGCACUGGGACACCCAAGGGGCUUGUCCACACCCAGGCGGGCUACCUGCUGUACGCCGCUGUGACGCACCGGUUUGUGUUUGACUACCGGCCAGGUGACGUCUUUGGCUGCGUGGCUGACAUCGGCUGGAUUACGGGACACAGCUAUGUGGUGUACGGGCCUCUGUGCAAUGGAGCGACCAGCGUCCUUUUUGAGAGCACCCCGGUUUACCCCGACGCUGGUCGGUACUGGGAGAUGGUGCAGAGGUUGAAGAUCAAUCAGUUCUAUGGAGCCCCGACGGCCUUCCGGCUGCUGCUGAAAUUCGAGGAUUCCUGGGUGAAGAAGUAUGACCGCUCCUCCCUGCGGACCCUGGGCUCAGUGGGAGAGCCGAUCAACCACGAGGCCUGGGAGUGGCUGCACAGAGUGGUGGGGGACAGCCGGUGCACGCUGGUGGACACCUGGUGGCAGACAGAAACGGGGGGCAUCUGCAUCUCGCCGCGGCCCUCGGAGGAGGGGGCAGAAAUCCUGCCCUGCAUGGCGAUGAGGCCCUUGUUUGGCAUCGUCCCUGUUCUCAUGGAUGAGAAGGGAAAUGUCCUGAAGGGUGGAGAUGUGUCCGGGGCUCUGUGCCUGUCCCAGGCCUGGCCAGGCAUGGCCCGGACCAUCUUCGGAGAUCACCAGCGAUUCAUGGACGCCUACUUCAAGGCCUACCCGGGCUACUACUUCACAGGAGACGGGGCUUACCGAACUGAGGACGGCUACUACCAGAUCACGGGGCGGAUGGACGAUGUCAUCAACAUCAGCGGCCACCGGCUGGGGACGGCGGAGAUUGAGGACGCCAUGGCUGACCACCCUGCAGUGCCCGAGACCGCCGUCAUCGGCUACCCGCACGACAUCAAGGGAGAAGCUGCGUUUGCCUUCAUCGUGUUGAAAGAUGACGCGGGUGAUGCAGACGUGGUGGUGAAGGAGCUCCGGUCGGUGGUGGCCUCCAAGAUCGCCAAGUAUGCGGUGCCCGACCAGGUCCUGGUAGUGAAGCGUCUUCCAAAAACUCGGUCUGGAAAAGUCAUGCGGAGGCUCCUGAGGAAGAUCGUCACAGGCGGAGCUCAGGACCUGGGGGACAUCACCACAAUGGAGGACCCCACUGUCAUCACGGAGAUACUGAGUGCCUACCAGGAGUACAAAGACAAGUGGGGGGCCGCCCAGUGACGAUGGCUCUGCCGAGACCCCAAGCCAGGCCCCGAACUUACGCUCCUAGAACACAGCUCCCGAGUCGGCUUGUUCCUAGACGCCCCAGCGGAACCCACGCUACCCUCCACGCGAAGCCCCAAGUCCCUGCCUUCCCUCUACGUGGGGACCCAUGACAGGUCCUCACACAGGGUGAGCUUUCUCCCACUUGCCCUGAAUUUGGUUUCCCGGUGAAAAGUCCAUCACCUCCAUUCCCGUGCCUUCCCGACAGCACAGGAAGGUGGAGCCCCUGUGCCUGCUCAGGUGACUGGCAACUACAAGCAGUCAUGUUUUCUCUAGGUGUUUCUAGAAACGCAAGGUGGAAAUUUUAUUUUUAUACUUUUAUAUUUUAGAAGAAAAAUGGUGCAAACACAUACGUGCAAUGUGUGGUUUACUUGUACACACUCUUCUUAACACUUAUGAAAAGCUCCUUCUUUGCUUCCGCUCUUGGGGAAAUGUGGAGGGUUGGAGGGUGCACUUUUGGGUACCAUUUGGCCUACUUGAAAUCCGAAUUGGAAAUGUUUGUGCCUCUGUCUGAACACAGCCAUCUUGAAAUCUCUCAAGCCCACAGCAUCUGUUUUUGGUGUAUGUUUCCACUUCUCUUGGUUUGUGUGUGAUGAAACCUAACUGCUAAAAGCACCUGUGGGGAUGGGCUCCCUUUUCAGCUCUGAAGGGCUCCGGUCACAUGUGGUUUCUGCAGCUUGCGGUCUGGAAACAUUCCCCUCCCCCCGGCCUUGGACACUCAGCAGCCAGUUGGCGCGCUCCAUGCCUAGGGCUGUUCAGGGAAGCCAGGGACUCAGUAAUGCAGCCGGAACUGGGUCCCUGAAAACUGCCCUACCUCCCUACUCUGAGCCAUGUCUCUCCCUUUUCCAAUGUGCCUUUGGUUCUCUGGACUUAGCAAGACAACGUCGACCAUUAGGUUGCAAAGUGCCUAUUGAUAGCCAAGCACGAGAGGGACCACUUGUGGAGUGCUGGGCGGGUGGCCUGCUGAGCUGGGUCCUGGAGGACAGGGAGGGCUGCCUCAACCUGCACCCCACAGAGGGCGGUACCCUGCAGCUGUGCAGGUGUUCACGGGGACCUGGAGUGCUCAACACCCGCCAUACGUGGCUGUGCUGGCCUCUCGGUGACAAGGUGAGGACGGGUGGUCUCGGCUGUAGCACAGAUUGGCAGCUCUCACCACCUGUACCAGCAGCAGUUUGCUGGACUUGGCAGAUUAUGGUUAGGGCGCUACUUAUGAAAUGACAGCUAUAAGCUGGGACAGCGACCAGUGCUUCAAAAUGAUCUGCAGGGCUGUUCAAAUAAAGCUUUAUUUUGUUCA